AUGUCCUUGACACGUCUUAUUCCACGUGGCAUCCCGUACGGUCAACGUCUCAAGAUUGACGCCACUGGGUCCCACACCUGUGCCAUUUCAUCAACAGAGGUUUUGUUGGUUUCACGGCACCGAUUUUCAGGUUUUAACAUGGUGAGGAAGAGGCGUACUGAACUUCCUGGUGGAGGUGAAAGCUCGGAGUCUCAGGAAACUGGAGGAGGACGUGGUGCUGCCCAACAUCCACCGGCACAACAGCUACCACAACAAGGUGGAUAUCAAGGUGGAGGAAGAGGAUGGGGACCCCAGCGUGGAGGGCGUGGUGGGGGUGGCAGAAUCCCUCCACAGCCAUAUCAUGGCGGGUCUCCUGAAUAUCAGCAGCAGGGUCGGGGCAGUCAGCAAUAUCAGCGAGGAGGACCGCCACCUCAGCGCCGUGGUGGCAUUGCAGUUGGCCGUGGAUAUGUGGCAGCUGCAGGUGGGCCGUCUAGGCCACCAGCUCCCGAGCUGCACCAAGCUAUGCAGGCUCCAUAUCAAGCCACAGUGACCCCCCCGCCAGUGCCAUAUGGCAGUCCUGCAGGCACUUAUGUGGAGGCUGGCUCUUCAUCUCAGUCACCUGAGCCAACACCUUCAGAAGUGACGGAGCAGAUCGAGCAACUGGGAAUCCAGUCAGAAACUCCAAGCCAAGCAAUGCAACCUGCAUCUAGCAAGUCAAUGAGAUUUCCUCUUCGGCCUGGAAAGGGUAGCUCUGGCACCAGGUGUGUUGUGAAGGCUAACCACUUUUUUGCUGAGCUGCCUGAUAAGGAUUUGCAUCAGUAUGAUGUAUCUAUUACACCUGAAGUCACAUCCCGUGGUGUCAACCGUGCUGUGAUGGCGCAGUUAGUGAAGCUAUAUAGGGAGUCUCAUCUUGGAAAGAGACUUCCAGCCUAUGAUGGAAGAAAGAGUCUUUACACUGCCGGGCCUCUUCCUUUUGUCUCAAAGGAAUUUAAAAUCGUGCUUAUUGAUGAAGAAGAUGGUCCUGGCGGUACAAGAAAGGAGAGAGAUUUCAGGGUUGUAAUCAAGUUGGCUGCACGUGCUGAUUUGCAUCAUUUAGGGAUGUUUUUACAAGGCAGGCAAGCUGAUGCGCCCCAAGAGGCUCUUCAGGUUUUGGACAUUGUUCUGCGGGAGUUGCCAACCAGCAGGUAUUGUCCUGUUGGUCGCUCAUUUUAUUCACCUAAUUUAGGGAGAAGGCAGCCUCUUGGUGAAGGCUUGGAAAGUUGGCGUGGUUUUUACCAAAGUAUUCGCCCCACUCAGAUGGGAUUGUCACUGAAUAUUGAUAUGUCAUCGACUGCUUUCAUCGAGCCACUCCCCGUGAUUGACUUUGUCACACAGCUUCUGAAUAGGGAUGUUUCAGCCAGACCAUUGUCUGACGCUGAUCGUGUGAAGAUCAAGAAAGCACUUAGAGGAGUAAAGGUGGAGGUUACUCAUCGAGGAAACAUGCGCAGGAAAUACCGCAUCUCUGGUUUGACAUCGCAAGCUACGGGAGAAUUAACAUUUCCUGUUGAUGAAAGGGGCACAAUGAAAUAUGUGGUUGAAUACUUUCAAGAGACCUAUGGGUUUAUCAUUCAACAUACUCAAUGGCCUUGUCUGCAGGUUGGAAAUCAGCAGAGGCCAAAUUAUUUGCCAAUGGAGGUCUGCAAGAUCGUAGAAGGCCAGAGGUACUCCAAGAGAUUGAAUGAGAGGCAGAUUACUGCACUGCUCAAGGUCACGUGUCAGCGUCCCUAUGAAAGGGAGCGUGAUAUUCUUCAGACUGUACAUCACAAUGCGUAUGCUGAGGACCCUUUUGCCAAGGAAUUUGGAAUUAAAAUAAGUGAGAAGCUGGCUCAAGUUGAAGCUCGCAUUUUGCCUGCUCCUUGGCUCAAAUAUCAUGAUUCGGGUCGGGAGAAGGAUUGUCUGCCCCAAGUUGGACAGUGGAAUAUGAUGAACAAGAGGAUGGUUAAUGGUGGCACAAUCAACAGCUGGAUGUGCAUCAACUUUGCCCGCAAUGUGCAAGACAGCAUGGCACGCAGUUUUUGCCAUGAGCUUGCUCAAAUGUGUAUUACAUCUGGCAUGGCUGUCAAUCCGGAGCCUCUCUUGCCAGUUGUGAGUGGCCGCCCUGAUCAGGUGGAAAGAGUCUUAAAAUCUAGGUUUCAUGAUGUCGUGACAAAACUGCAGCCCCAUGGAAAAGACCUUGACUUGUUAAUUGUUAUUUUACCUGAUAAUAAUGGCUCUCUCUAUGGUGAUCUAAAACGGAUAUGUGAGACAGAUCUUGGCAUUGUCUCCCAGUGCUGUUUGCAGAAGCAUGUUUACAAGAUGAACAAACAGUAUCUCGCCAAUGUGGCCCUGAAGAUUAACGUGAAGGUUGGAGGGAGAAACACAGUGCUGGUUGAUGCCAUUUCUAGGCGCAUACCCCUCGUCAGUGAUCGGCCUACAAUCAUUUUUGGUGCUGACGUUACCCAUCCCCACCCUGGCGAGGACUCUAGCCCAUCCAUUGCUGCUGUUGUUGCUUCCCAAGAUUGGCCGGAAGUUACAAAAUAUGCAGGUUUGGUCUGUGCUCAAGCCCAUAGGCAAGAGUUGAUUCAAGAUUUGUAUAAAACCUGGCAAGAUCCGGUUAAAGGGACUAUGACUGGUGGCAUGAUCAAAGAACUACUUAUUUCUUUCCGUAGAGCAACUGGACAGAAGCCACAACGAAUUAUUUUCUACAGGGAUGGUGUCAGUGAAGGGCAGUUUUAUCAAGUGUUGCUUUAUGAACUCGACGCAAUCCGUAAGGCAUGUGCAUCUUUGGAACCAAACUAUCAGCCCCCUGUUACUUUUGUUGUGGUUCAGAAACGUCAUCAUACUAGGUUGUUUCCCAAUAACCAUCAGGACAGGCAUGCAGUUGAUCGAAGUGGAAAUAUACUCCCUGGUACUGUCGUAGAUUCUAAAAUCUGCCACCCUACUGAGUUUGACUUCUACCUCUGCAGCCAUGCCGGGAUACAGGGUACUAGCCGGCCAGCUCACUACCAUGUCCUAUGGGAUGAAAACAAAUUCAAUGCUGAUGCUCUUCAGUCGCUUACCAAUAACCUUUGCUACACAUAUGCAAGGUGCACACGCUCUGUUUCGAUUGUGCCUCCUGCAUAUUAUGCCCAUUUGGCCGCUUUUCGUGCACGCUUCUACAUGGAGCCGGAAACAUCGGACAGUGGGUCAAUGACAAGUGGGGCUGCUGGUCGAGGCGCAGGUCCAGGUCCAAGGAGUUCAAGGUUUCCUGGAGCAAAUGCUGCCGUUAGACCCCUUCCUCAGCUCAGGGAUAACGUGAAGAGGGUGAUGUUCUAUUGUUAA